AUGAGAAGAAAUAAUUUUUUCGAAAACAAAAAGUUUAAUCUUGAUGGUUUAGAUGGUUAUAACUAUUGUUGGGUAGUUAUUAAAACAAAAGAAGUUGUGUAUUCUCGUGGUGCCACGGGAGGAUCUUUAGUCAUGGUUUGA